UCUCUUGCGUGGAGGUCUAGAAUUGCAUUGCUUUGAUUUUUCACUCUCUCCUGGUAUGGGUUUAGCUUCCCUUGGGACAGGGGCUAGAAAAGCAACUUGGUAAAAUCCUCUCUAUUGGAGUUGCAUGGUCUGCUUCUACUUAGAGGGAGGCAAGGGAGCAUAGCAGCAUGGCUGAGCAAGAAGGUAGUGGCUUGCAGGUUCUUCUUUCUACUCUUCAGAGUUCUUCAGACAAGGAUGUGAUUCUGAAUAUCUUACGGGUUCUCACAGACCUUCUUUCUGUUGGGACAAACAGGAGGCUUCACUACACCAUCAGCAAAGGCGGCAGUGAAGCACUUCUCCAGGCCAUGGUGAAUGCUGCCCAGGUGCCCAUGCCAGACUAUGAGAUCCUCUUGCCCCUGUUUUGCCUGUUGGCCAAAGUUGGCCAAAAAGAUAAGAAAUUUGGACUGAAAGCACAAAGACUGGGAGCGCUUGAUACGACACUCAACUUGGCAAGGAAAAAUAUAAAUCACCAGCGGAAUCUCACCCACUGUCUUUGGGCGCUGCAAGUUUAUGCUUCAAGUGUUACAGCAGGAACCAUCUUGGGUAUUAAUGGAGCUAUGGAGAUGCUUUUCAAAAUACUCACUCCUUACACCAAGAAGCACACCAGAACAACAAGGGCAGUGGUUGAAGCCCUGGCAGCACUGCUGAAAUCAAAGUCUAACAGUCGUCGAGCCAUAAACAGAGGCUAUGUAUGUCAGCUGCUUUGGUUGUACCAGGAUUGGCAUCACCGUGAUACUUCCAACAGUUAUGUUCACAUUCAGAGAGGUCUUCUGCUUUGCCUCAAGCACAUCACCAAUGUUCGGUCGGGUAGAGAAAUCUUCCUUCUUUCUCACGGCAUGGAGACUCUCUUCGCAACUGCUCAGGACUGCCUGAUCAGCAAGAAUCUGGAUCCAGUAGUAAACACCGUGACUCAGAUCCUAAGAAAAACAUAUCCCAAGAUGCAUCUUCCUUCUGCUGCUCUUUGCAGUUCUUAUUCCUUUCUUGUACCCGGGAGAACUGGAUCUUCACAAGCCAGGCCUGAAGAUUAUUGUGCAUAUGAUGUUAAGGAGGAAAUUGAAAAGGACAUAGAUAAUGAGGAUGUGGAAAAUAAAGAGGAGGAUGAUGACUUAGAAACUGAUGUUGACAAACUCCUAUCAAAGCCAGAGCUUGACCGGCCAGAAUCGGAGCUUGAACAAUAUGCGGCCAUGUGUCCAGAACUGUGCUGUAACUUUGUGGAGCUGGAAUCAGAACCUGAAAAUGAGAUCAACUCUGAGGACAUCUCUGCAACCCUGACACGUUCCUGUCUCCAUGUCAUUCCAAAUGCGGCUUCCUCAAAGCACCAGCCAGAGUGGAUAGAGAGGGACCAAAUCGCCCAAAGAGACAAACUGCCCCAAAGGACUUCUAGGGUCCCAGUGCAGAAUGGUUUGAAAAGACAGAAACAUUCUCAAGGACCUAGAAAAGUAAAUCAUGACGAAUCUCAGUCUUUGGAGGAUUCCAUCAGAGAAGGUGAAGACUCAAGCAAGGGUUGUACAGCAACUACACUGCACCCUCUUGCCAAAGAGGCAUUGCGGGACAAAAUAACUUUUCAGGGUAUGAAUUCCUGCAGAUCCAGUUGUCAAGAGACAGUGGAGACGUCGGAGGUGGUGACAAAGCUUUUGGAGAGACACCCAGGCAAUAUCCCUUUCCACAACCCUCACUACUAUAUGGCAAGGACUGGCUGUACCAGGUCCAUUCCAGACUACAGAGUGCUGGCGUUCCCAGAUCUCUGGGGUCACAUACCUCCUCCUUAUAGCCAAUGUUUACAGCAGAGAAGAUACGGUGUCCAAAGGGCCAAAAUUUUUGAAGAUGUUCGUCGUGUGAUCCAGCCAGGCGACAUAAUCAACCGAGUUGUAUUUGAUUUAGAUAGCUCCAACUGCUUAAGCUCUGGUAAUCCGGACUGCCUGAAGUUCUUCUCCAAGUUUGAAUCUGGGAAUCUUCGCAAAGCUGUCCAAGUGCGGGAGUGUGAAUAUGACCUGAUCCUCAACCCUGAUAUCAACAGUUCUCAGCAUCACCAAUGGUUCUACUUUGAAGUCAGUGCCAUGAAAACAGCCACUCCCUACCGCUUCAACAUCAUCAAUUGUGAGAAGCCUAACAGCCAGUUUAAUUUUGGCAUGCAACCGGUCAUGUAUUCAGUGAAGGAAGCUCUUCAGGGCAGACCUCACUGGAUUCGGGUGGGCUAUGACAUCUGCUAUUACAAAAACCAUUACCAAAAUUGUGCAGCGGCAGGAGUUCCCCGUGGGAAAUGGUGCUACACGCUCACCUUCAACAUUGUUUUUCCUCACAAGGAAGACGUCUGCUACUUGGCUUACCAUUACCCUUACACCUAUUCUGCUAUGAUGUCUCAUCUUGACAUCCUGGAGAAAACCACAAACUCCAAGAAAAUCUUCUUCCGGAGGCAAACUCUUUGCCAAACUCUAGGAGGAAACCCUUGCCCUGUGCUCACCAUCACUGCCAUGCCUGAGUCUGAAAGCACAGAUGAUCUGGAGCAGUUCCGUGAACGUCCUUACGUGAUGCUCAUGGCACGGGUUCACCCUGGUGAGAGCAAUGCCAGUUGGGUAAUGAAGGGGACCCUGGAGUUUCUUCUCAGUAGUGAUCCCAUUGCAGACCUGCUGAGGCAAUGCUUCAUCUUCAAGAUCAUCCCCAUGCUGAAUCCAGAUGGUGUCAUCAAUGGCAACCAGCGUUGCUCCUUAAGUGGGGAUGACUUGAACAGGCAGUGGCUGAAUCCUCAUCCUUCAUGCCAACCUACCAUUUACCACACCAAAGGUCUGCUUUACUACCUCAGCAGCCAAGACCGGUCUCCAGUGGUGUUUUGUGACUACCAUGGCCAUUCCCAGAGGAAGAAUGUGUUCCUAUAUGGAUGCAGCAUAAAAGAGACCUUAUGGCAAGCAGGGCGCACAGUUGACACCACUGUUGUCACCGAGGAUGUUGGAUAUAGGACUCUGCCCAAGAUCUUAGACAAAGUGGCUCCUGCCUUUCUCAUGAGCAGCUGCAGCUUCCUGGUGGAGAAGUCACGGGAUGCUACAGCGCGUGUCGUGGCUUGGCGAGAAAUGGGGGUGCUGAGGAGUUACACCAUGGAAAGCACCUACUGUGGCUGCAGCCAUGGCCUAUACAAGGGUCUACAAAUCGGGACUUGUGAACUGGAAGAGAUGGGAGCCAAGUUCUGCCUUGGACUCCUAGUUCUGCAGCUUAAAUCCUUGCCCUGCAGCAAGAAGGUGAUGGCUCAGGCAGCAUCUCUGUUGGAUUUGGAUGAAGAAAUCACAGACCUCCGGGCGCAAAGAAGCAACAGCAACUGCAGUCUGGAGACAGAUGAUGAGCUUCCCUAUGGAGAUGAAGUGGAUUAUAACACUGACAGCUGCUCUGACCAAGAAGGAGAUUUCUCUGAACUGGAUGAAGAAGCGCAAGAGUGUCCCUCCAGGGGUGAAGGCAGGAAGGAAGAAGCAGAGUCCAACAGAGGACAGAUGUGUGGUCCACAGCCCCAUGGAGCUCUUUUUCAUCAACAGCCAGCAAACGGCUGGUAGUAAGCACAUCCCACUGCUGUCAACACUGGUCUGGGUCUUUGGUGGAACUGAAAGCAGGCCUGAGCUUUGAAUUCCCAAACAAUAAGCAAAUGGGUCACUGCUCGCAUCUACUUUUUUGCUGGUGACAGUUCCGGUCUCAGAUAUCUUCCCCCAGUUGUGCUUUCAUUUUGUUGUUGUUCAUGUUGUUACCUAGGUUCCAUAGAAAAAAGGAAACGAUUCCUUGCCGUGUUUCAAGUGAUAUCCAAAUGAUCACUGAAGCUUUCCAUCUGGCUUGUUGCAAGAGAAAUGGAAGAAGCAAUUUCACUGAAUAUCUGCAGGGGGAGGCGAAGUACUCUAUCACUUUAUUAGGUGGGAUGAGAGAGAGAGCGUCGCCAUAAGUGAGGAAUGGGCAAAUGUGGCAAGUAUUUUUUUGGGGGGGGAUCUCUGCCUCCCCCACUGAUAGGGUUGAAUGGACUGCCAAACAUCUCCAAAGCAUGCCCUCUAACAUUUCACAGAUGAAAACGUGGAUACGUGUGGCCAGGCAAUUUCAGAAUGAGGUCAAGAUGGUAAAAGACAUUGAUGAGAAAGAACAUACAAGAUAGGAGAGAAUGCAGGAGUUUGCUUUUGCCUGUACCUACUGGGAAGGACAAAAUUCUUCCCUUCUUCUCCUGCGUACAAACUACUUGUGAACUUUGAAUUCAUUUUGCAGCCACUGAAGUCAAAAAAGAACUGGGACAUAUGAAAAACAGCUGAAGGGUUGGGAGGAUGAAUAAAAAAAUAAUCUGGACUGUCUCAGAAUAAAUCAGGACAGUUGGAGGGUGUGGAAAGGAAAAUAAAUUAAAAACCCAGAAGUACCCCAAAACCCAUGUUUGUUAAAAAAUGAGAUGGAGUGUUUGAAUAAAUAAUAUAGGAGGCCCUGCAUUAUAUAUAAUUAUUGCUUUUGGAGUUAAGAAAGGCAUUUCAUCUUUUAAGGGCAUAGGAAUGGUUGCACAGAGAUUCUAGAGGAGCUGAAAGCCAUCCCUCCCUUAAAACCGUAGCAGCUUCUUAACUUUUGUUGUUGUUAUUGUUUCUGCAGUCACCACAAACAGAACAGCAGUAACCUUAUGGACAACCUGGUCACUAUCUUGUCUAUUGGGUCAUGUCAUGGUGGCCACCAUAUAGAAAACAUAAAGGAGAACGUUUGAAGACAA